CGUAACCGGCUUGCCGCGGAGAACUCUGGGAAAUGUAGUUUUAGGCACGAGCAGCUGCCGUUAGCUGCGGUCCGUGGCGGGUACCGAGGCUCCGCGGCUCCGCAGGUGUUUGCGGCUCGGAUCAACCUUACACGAGUUCCUGAUGUUCUAUUAUUCUUGAUGGUUCGGGAAGCUUCUGGAACACAGGACAGACACCUGUACAAUGGAAACAAGAUCUGCAUCAUGAGCUUCAGAUGUGUUCUUGGAGCCACGACCAAAGAGAUCACCUCAAAUUGGGACUUUCUGGAAGUUAAUCCACGAGGGACCUCCAGCAGAAGCUCUGGAGAGGCCUCGCAGCACCCAUGCUGAACAUCGCGGCGCGUUCAGGUACCCUCCAUUGGCUUCAAGAUCUCCUGGAGGGAAAACUGAGCCAUACUAUUCCUGGGAGAGGAGAUCCAAGCAGGCUGGAAGAGGGAAGAGUGAUCCAGAAUUUUGAAAGGAAAUUUCAGUCCGAGCAGGCAGCUGGCUCUGUUUCCAAAAGCACACAGUUUGAGUAUGCCUGGUGCCUGGUGCGAAGCAAGUACAAUGACGACAUCCGUAAAGGCAUCUUGCUCCUGGAGGAGCUGUUGCCCAAAGGGAGCAAAGAGGAACAGCGGGAUUAUGUCUUCUACCUGGCAGUGGGCAACUACCGUCUCAAGGAAUAUGAAAAAGCUUUAAAGUAUGUGCGUGGACUGCUGCAGACUGAGCCCCAGAACAACCAGGCCAAGGAGCUGGAGCGCCUCAUUGACAAGGCCAUGAAGAAAGAUGGGCUAGUCGGCAUGGCCAUUGUUGGUGGCAUGGCCCUGGGUGUGGCGGGACUGGCUGGACUCAUUGGACUAGCUGUCUCCAAGUCCAAAUCCUGAAGACAGCCUCACCCGCUCUCUGCCCUGGCGCACCUGGGAGCCUGGGGACACUGGAAGAGGGUCCUGUCCAUCCUCACCGUGGCCUUCCCUUGUCUUCCCCAACCCUCGUCAUCCACCUCCACAGUCUCCUCCGACCUUCACCCUCCCAUCCCCGACACCUGUUGUUAGCCCUAAGUCUGCUUUGUGAUGAGUGUAAAUAAAAUUGGGCUGUGGCUUGGGAA